AACCUUCUCCUCCGCCAAGAUGAAGGCUGGGUUCGGCCGCCUCCAGGAAACGGCUCGGUGAGGCGGCCGAUGGGGAAAUGCCGCAGUCCUGUCAGCCCAGCUGAAGCACGCAGCUCUUCUCAAGGCCCGGGGGCAGAGGCAGGCGUGGCAAGAGAGGGCAAGAGGCUGCCAUUGUGGGCACAGCGGUAGCUGCCUGGGCUGGGCAGGGAGAAGAGAGCUCAUUGAGGUAUGUGGCUCAGGGAAGCGGAAUGAAGACAGUCUCCCACCCACAGGUGUCGGGGAAGGCACCCAUUGGUGAGAUUGGCCUCUGUCGCAGUACUAAGUGGGAUCGGAAGUCCAUCACCCUGCACGUGAAGUUGGAGGUGCUGCAGAGGUUUGAGGAGGGUGAGAAGCUGAUGCAGAUCGCCUGGGCCCUGGGGCUGGCCACCUCCACCGUUGCCUCGAUCUGUGUCAACAAGGACAAGAUCCAGGCCAAUUCCCGGACCACCACUCCAGUCAGUGCCACACAGCUGACCUGCUGCUGGGGCAUGGUGAUGGGCCACAUGGAGCACUUGCUGAGCCUGUGGAUUGAGGAGCAGAAGCAGCAGAACCUGCCUGUCAGCACACUGCUCAUCCAGGACAAGGCACGCAGACUGUUUGCACAGCUGCAGCAGGAGCAGGGUGAUGGCACCCAGGCUGAGAUCUUUGGGGCCAGCAACGGCUGGUUUGCCUGCUUCAAGGCGCACCACAAUGUGCUGCUGACGGAUGAGCCAGCUGUAGCUGACACCCAGGCUGCUGCCCAGUAACCCCCAGUGUUACACACCAUUCUGGAGGAGGGCUGCUACUCACCGUGCCAAGUCUUUAAUGUGGAUGAGAAGGGCCUGUUCUGGAAGCGGCUGCCUGAGUGCAUGCUCCUGGCACUGGAGGGGGCAGCCAGGCCAGGGCCCAAGGCCUCUAAGACCACCUGACCCUGCUGCUCAGUGGCAAUGCUGCUGGCGACUUCAAGCUAAAGCCCCUGCUAGUGUACCCUUCAGAGAAUCUGCGUGCUCUCAAGGGCUGCUCCAAGGCCAGCCUACCUGUGGUGUGGCGCUCCAACCGCAGCGAUUGGUUAACUCCCAGUAUCUUCCAGGAGUGGUUCACUAGCUGCUUCUGCCCUGCUAUGGAGAGCUACUGUGUCCACCAUGGCCCCCCACACCAUGCCUUGCUGCUCCUGGAUGGUGCGCCCUGCCACCCUGCCUACCUGGGUAGUCUCUCGGCCCACGUGUGUGUCGAGUUCCCUGCCCAAGAACACCUUAGGCCUAAUCCAGCCCAUGAACCAAGGUAUCAUUGCUGCCUUCAAGGCCCAUUACCUGUGCCGCACACUCAGCCAACUGGUCCAGGAGAUGACCGGCCAGGAUAGGCCCUCUGCAGAGGAGUUCUGGCAUAGCUAUACUGUCAUGACUGCUGUGGACAACAUUGCUGAGGCCUGGGCAGAACUGCAGCCUGCUACUAUGAACAGUGCUUGGAGCAAGCUCUGGCCUGAGUGUGUGCCUUCUGGUGCCCUUGAGCCUGAUGCUGUGCCCCAGCUCCACCACAGCACUGUGGUGCUAGCCGGCCAUGUGGGCCUUGGGGAUGAGGCUGAUGUUGCUCGCUUGCUCCAGACUCAUGGGGAGCCCCUACCCUGCAGUGUCCCCCAGGACAUAGAGGCUGGGCAUACCAGCAGUUCUGGGAUGCCCUGGGAGGCAGGGAAAGGCCUGGCCUCCAAAAGACCAGAGCCAGAGCUCACACAGAGAGUGUGGGGACCCAGGAAGCAGUUGAAGGCGUGCUGAGCCAUGAGCACCUGUCCCAGGCCCUGUCCCACUUUGCUGCUGGCUUUAGGGUCCUUCCAGAGAAUGACCCCAACCGAGACCUUAGCCUGUGGGUAUCUUGGCGUGUCCACAGUGCCCUUGCCUGCCUCUGGGAGCUGCAUAGAGACAGGAGGUGGCAGUCUUGGGUGGCUGCAUCCUCAGGAGGCUCUGUGGCAGUGUUGACAAGGGAGUUGGUGGGAAGCCUGCAUUUGCCCCAGGAGAGGCCUGCAGAGGAUGAGCAAGUGGCUCAGGCCAUAGGCCUGGAAAGACAGACCUCUGCAGCUGUUCUGCAUGAGUUUGGGGUUGGGGCUGAUCUCAGAUGAACUCUGCCUGGUGAUGUUUUCUGGACAGCAGACACUGCCUCUUUUCUCCCAUGGUUCUCAUCUGUGACGUCCUGUGGCCUUUCUGCAUUGAUUCACACACAGCAUCAGUCUUGGGGAACAGGAAGGUGGUAUUCCCUGAUCAGUGGGUGAGCUGCAGGGCUCAGGAAUACCCACACAUGAAGGAGAUGCACCCAAAAGGCACAAUGGUUGUCCACCAGGGUGGCAUUCCUUGAGGAGUGAGAGGGGAGGGGCCAGGACCCAGAUCAGUCUCUCCCAUUUGUCAACUCUACGUUCUUACUCCCUGCUCCAUUAUGACACUUCCCAGCAAAAUUUAGAUGGGGGUUCCUGUGCUUGGCAUCUCCCUGUUCACUUUCUAUACUAUCCUGCCACUCUGGCUUCCAUGCCCUCUGUUGUCUGAGGUCUUUGGUACCCUCCCUGUGCCAAACUCUUGGGGCACAUGUUGGCCCUUGUCCUCAUCCCACUGUGGUCUUUGAUACCAGGGACCACUGUUUUGUUUUGGUGUUUUCUUUCUUCAGCUUCUGUGGCAUGUCUGUCUUGGCUUCCAUCUGGUCUUUGUAGCUGACUCCUUUGUGACUAAUGGUCUCUUGGAUCUAGUUCUUGGGAAAUCCCAUCCAUUUUUGAGGACUCAGUGGCCACUUCAGGGUCAGCUCUGGGUGCACUGGCUGUAGCCCAGCCCCUCCCCAAGUUCUAGACCCACAGCUCUAUCUGUGGACAGGCCCCUGGAUAGUCUUGUAAUUUCCUCUCAUUCCCCCAAACUGUAAUAACAGGCACCCUGGGGUGUUUGCUUGACCUUGCUGACCAGAUGUGCCACCAGAACACAGAUAUUCAGCGAGGGAAGAUGCUCUGUUCAUGCUUCAGCUGGAUGAGCCAUAGGGUGUUGGACAGCAAUGUGUGGCUUACUGAACUUCUUUCAACACAGUUAUCUGCACGUGUGUAUCUGUGAGCCAAGAAAUAAAGAUAGGAGAAAGGA